AUGUGGAGUGGCAGUCACCACUAUCUUUGCUACAGGUGAAUAAAGGGUUAACCUGCUGUGCCGUUUGGUGGGAUCCCAGCUGAGUGUGUGGCUGGAUGGUGAGGCACCUGUCCCUGAUGUCAUGAGCUGAUGUUAGUCAGCCUGCCCAGUCUCUCUCUGCGCUCCUGAAGGCUGCAGCAGGAUCUCCGUACCAGCAGCUCUCUCACAGUCUCUCAGCCCGCCCGUGGCAUUAUGAGACCUGGCCUCAACGCUAUUCUCGGACCUACUGGAAGUGGAAAAUCUUCAUUCUUGGAUAUUCUGGCUGCCAGAAAGGAUCCUUCAGGUCUCUCAGGAGAAGUACUCAUUGACAAAGCACCACAGCCUCCAAACUUCAAGUGCCUCUCUGGCUAUGUGGUCCAGGAAGAUGUGGUCAUGGGCACCCUGACUGUGAGGGAGAAUCUGCAUUUCUCUGCAGCGCUGCGGCUGCCCAGCUCUGUGCUUCAGAGUGAGAAGGAAGCUCGAGUCAACCACCUCAUUAAAGAACUGGGUCUCUCCAAGGUGGCCGACUCCAAGGUGGGCACACAGAUGACGCGUGGAAUCUCUGGAGGAGAGAGGAAGAGGACAAACAUCGGCAUGGAGCUGAUUAUUGAUCCAUCUGUUCUCUUUCUGGAUGAACCGACGACAGGCCUGGAUGCCAGCACCGCUAACUCCGUCCUGCUGCUGCUGAAAAGAAUGGCCAGUCAUGGAAGAACCAUAAUCAUGUCCAUCCACCAACCUCGAUACUCCAUCUACAGACUGUUUGACACUCUGACUCUGCUGGUCGGUGGUAAAAUGGUGUACCACGGGCCAGCGCCAAACGCUUUGGACUACUUUGCCAACAUUGGCUAUCUCUGUGAGCCCCACAACAACCCAGCUGACUUCUUUCUGGAUGUUAUUAAUGGAGAUUCCACCGCCACAACCAUGACCAAAGGGCAUGGCUCUGAAGAUUUGGACUUUGAGGAGCUCGGCGGCUCCAGGCAGAGCAUCGAGGAGCGCCUGGUCGAGGAGUACAGGAACAGCAGCUACUCCAGCGACACCAGAGCUGAGCUGGACCGCAUCGUCCAGGAUAAGAAGUGCAUCUCAUGUUCAACGUCCCGCACCAUCACCUACAACAGCUCCUUCUUCCACCAGCUACGUUGGGUUCUUAAGAGAACCUUCCAGAACCUCAUGUUGAACCCACAAACAUCUGUGGCCCAGCUGGGAGUCCACACUUUCCUCGCCCUCAUCGUAGGAGUCAUUUUCUUCGGGGUCAAAGAUGAUCAGAGUGGUAUCCAGAACAGGAUGGGCGUCCUCUUCUUCAUCACUAUCAACCAGUGUUUCAGCACCGUGUCUGCAGCUGAGCUCUUCAUCAUCGAGAGGAAACUGUUCUUGCACGAGUACAUCAGUGGCUACUACAGAGUGUCGGUCUACUUCCUCUCUAAGAUCCUGUCUGACAUCACUCUGCGCACCAUCACCUCUGUUAUCCUCAGCUGUAUUGUCUACUUUAUGAUCGGGCUCAAAUCCACAGCAGCAGCCUUUUUUGUCUUCACGCUGACAGUGACUCUGGUGGCCUACACAGCCACAGCCAUGACCAUGGCCAUCUCGGCUGACCAGAGCGUCGUGGCUCUUGCCAACAUCUUCAUGACCAUCACCUUUGUCUUCAUGAUGAUUUUUUCAGGUCUCCUGGUGAACCUACCCAGCAUCAUGGACUGGCUGGCCUGGCUCAAGUACUUCAGCAUUCCUCGCUACGGCCUCGCAGCCUUGAAGAUCAAUGAGUUUGUGGGUUUGAAGUUAUGUGACGAGGCUGCGAUCAGAAACACCAACAUGUCGGCUGCAGUGACAAACUGCAGUGUGAGCACAGUCGGCCUGACAUGUACAGGAGAGCAGUAUCUGGACUACCUGGGAAUAGAGUACACCACCUGGGGACUGUGGGAGAAUCAUGUGGCUCUGACCGCUAUGACGUUCAUAUUCCUCAUCAUCACCUAUCUGAAACUCCGUUACAUCAAGAAAUUCACUUAAAUGUGUGAUUAUGCAUCUUUAUUUUGGUCUUCAGCUUGGGAGCGCCCGCCACAGCUUUUCAUAAACAUUGCAUGGCAGUUCGCCGCAGGCCGCACUUCGCCACGGCUCUGGUGUGAAUUGGGUGUUGGUUGUUAAAGCUUGAUGAUAUGAGAGUGAACCAAAACUGUAACGCUGUGUGACGUAAAACCAAAACAAUGAGUUGGUAGUAAUUUGAUUAAUUAACCUAAAAAUAUUGAUUCGAGCAGCUUUAAUGUACAGAUAUGAGAGUAUUGAUCUUCUCAUCUAACUCUAAGUGAAAUGUCAAACUAUUUCUUUGAGUGUGUCUAUGGUUUGCGCUUACAUCCUUAGAUAUUCAGUACAGCUAAAAUACAAACCUGAAUUCAGUUUUAUCAUCUUUGGUGAAAACCACGUGUCUCCAGCAUUUUAACUUUGUAGGAGCUGA